UAUUUCUGCGGGCGCCAUUUUCCAAACUCUUCCUUCGUUACGUUGUAUUAGUUACCGCCACGAAUUUUCACGGACCUCCUGAUUUCCAGCAGUUUGAAAGAAAUGCAGAUAUAUUUAUUUUUCCUGGUGAGAAGUAAGUUCUAGGAGGUUUCUUUUUGGAGAUGGAUCGGUACGUGCGAGUAAAGAAGAUCGGCGAAGGCUCGUUUGGAAAAGCCUUGCUGGUGAAAAAGAAGGCCGAUGGAAAGCAGUAUGUUAUUAAGGAGAUCGGCAUUUCUAAGAUGUCACCUAAAGAGAGAGAGGAAUCCAGAAAAGAGGUGAAAGUCUUGGCUCAGUUGAAACACCCAAACAUUGUGUCAUACCAAGAGUCAUUUGAAGAAAAUGGAAAUCUAUACAUUGUUAUGGACUACUGUGAAGCAGGUGACUUGUAUAAAAAGAUUAAUGGCCAGCGAGGAAUACAGCUGCCUGAAGAACAGGUUUUAGACUACUUUGUGCAGAUAUGCCUUGGCUUGAAACAUGUACAUGAUAGAAAAAUUCUUCACAGGGAUUUAAAAUCACAGAACAUAUUUUUAACAAAGAAUGGAAUAGUCAAGCUUGGAGAUUUUGGAAUUGCAAGGGUUUUACAUAGUACCAUGGAGCUUGCCCGCACCUGUAUUGGUACACCAUAUUAUUUGUCCCCAGAAAUCUGUGAAAACAAACCUUACAAUAAUAAAAGUGAUAUCUGGUCACUUGGAUGUGUUCUCUAUGAGUUGUUGACCCUCAAACAUGCUUUUGAAGCAGGAAAUAUGAAGAACUUGGUUAUAAAAAUAAUAAGAGGGUCAUAUCCACCCAUCCCCUACAAGUACAGUGCUGACAUCAGAGGCUUGGUUGCACAGUUGCUAAAACGAAAUGCUCAUGAUCGCCCAUCAAUUAACUCAAUCCUGAAGAAGCCAUUCAUACAAAAAAGAAUUGAGAAGUUUUUGUCUCAGGAGAAAAUGGCAGAAGAGUUUAGCCACACUGUAAUUCAUCGUAAGCCUUUGGGUGUACUUGGCCAGCAGCGGAUGGCACCCAAGCCUGUCAUUAAACCUGCUCCAGUGCCACAAAAGUAUAGUAACCCAAAGGCCAAGUAUGGAGUUUCUGUUGCAAAGAAGAAGCCUCCAGUUAAGAAGCCUGGUUCUGGAGAAGCUGCCAAGAAACCACCUUCCAGACCAAGCAGUGCUGCACAAGAGAAACCUGUUGACAAGAAAAAAGAGCUAGAUGCUCGUGAAAGAAGACGCAAGGACUUGAUGCAGAAUCAGGAUCAGAUGUACCAGGAUUACAUGAAGAAGGUUCAACAACAGAGAUGGGAACGUCAACAGCGUGAUCAGAUUAACAGAGCUAGAGAGCAGGCUUGGAAAAACACUCUCCUGGUUGGGCUUAGUCCAGAGAAAGCAAAAAAGCCUGCAGCUCCAUCUGCUGGUGUAAAACCAAGUCAACCAGAUGUCAUUAACAAGCAGCCACAGGCGAUGCAGAAAUAUCAAGAAAAAGCUGGAGACAAGGAAUUCAAAGAGAACAAACCAGCAAGACCCUAUUCAGCAGAUAAUCGGAACAGACAACCAAAUGUAGCAGUCAAAGGGGCUGGUCGACCUGUGUCUGCUAAUGAAGCUAACAGAGCACCAGCUGCUAAUCCUGUAAACCUGGCAUGGAAUGCAGCCAAACAAGGACAGGUCGAUAGAGCGCAAGGAGCUGGGGCAGCAGAGCGAGCUCGUGUGUUGGAAGAAUUCUGGAACAGAAAGAGAGAUGCCCAGAGAAACAGAGCGAGGGGACAGAAUUUUAAUGCACUCCCCGAUCACUACCCGCCAGGUAAUGUUGCUCAGAAGAAAGAUGGUCUGCCUGCUAAGGACGCAAAGGAAAAGGAAUAUCUUUCGCGUUUGGAAGCUAUUCGACGCCAAAACUUUCAUGAACGAAAAGAAAUACAGAGAAGAAUGGCAGGAGUGCGAGCACCAAAGGAAGUACCACCGGCACAGAAAGAGAAUGUGAUGAUUCAUGGAGACCCACGUUAUGAUCCUGUCGCCAGGAAAAAGAAAAUCGCUGAUUUAAAGGCUCAAGCAGAAGAUCGUGCUACGAUGUUGCGGGCUCAACUUGAACAGAGAAAGAAAACGAUUCUAGCUAGAAUUAAUAAAGAAGGCAAAGAAAGACUGGAAAAGGAAAAUCAAAGACAGGAUCCUGAUAAAAGGCCGCUCCCUGCUUUGGCAAAGUAUGAAAGACCAGCAGAGCCCGCGCCAAAGCCAGCGGUUGCCCCUGUGGGUCUUGAGACAGCUUUAAAAGAAGUAGGAGCCACAAUGCUGUUCAGAUCAAAUUCAGAGAAUGAUCUUCGUAAGAUGACAGAAGAAGAUAAGAAGGAGCCCCUUGCACCGCGAAAGGCCUGGGGAGAUAUUCCUUUCCAACCACGUAUCCUACCAUUAGAGGUGACAUCAUCGGCGAUGGAAGCAACCAGUGCAGGCGAUGCAGUAAUGAAACCAGCAGCGGAUGCCGCCAGGAAGCAGUGGGGAAAACCACAAAUGACAGAAAUCAUCUCGGCUUUGGGUAACGCCAAGCUCCAAACUGUAACAACAGCCAUAGGAGGAGCUGAUGAACAAGAUGCGGCAAAGAAGGCUUCACCAGCUGUUGUCACACAAUCACCUGCUGGCUCUUCAGUCUCUGCGAUGGGCACAACUGUCACGGUACAAAGCCCCACUGUACCUCCCUUGUUAGGAGUAACAGUGGUGAAAUCGCCCACCUCAAAGUCUCCACAAACUGUUAUUGUCAAAAAGGAUAAGAGUGAUGAGAUGCCUGAGGCAGCGAGCUCCAAAGGAGGGGCCACAAUUACCAUAUCUGGAACAACAGAAGAUGAACAUAAAAAAUCUCCUGUAUUGGACACGAUCUCCGAGGGAACCAGAGAGGGUGACAUCAACAAAGACAACGGUACUGUAAAAGCGGAGAAUUCAGAUGAUUUGAAUUUAGAAGAGGUGGAGAGUGUCCCCCAGGAAAAGGUCCUCGAAACUUCGCCCGAAAAGGCCGAACCGAAGAGUCCGGUAAAGGCCUGGGGAGGGGAAAAGGCCACUACACCAACUGAUGGUGCUUUCAAACAAAAAUCUCCCCGCAGUGCCUGGGUAGACGAUGAUAAGAGAGCUGCCUAUCAACAGUUCUUGAUGGCGUCACGCGAGCGUGCUGGCGCAGAAUCUGAGUCACGCAAUGAAUCACACGGUGAAAAAUCUGCGUCACGCGCCCAAGCCGAACAGGAACCAAAAGAAGCUCUGUUUAAACGAGUUAAUAGGAAGGAAGAAAGGAAGGAAACAAGAUCAGAGGAUCUGGAAGUACAAGAUAUUUCGGUUGACGACUCAUCAUUCCAUACGGCUGAUGGGUCACCAAACAAAUCAAUGCGGGCUGCAGAGCUACAAACAGGAAUUUAUGAUACGAAUUUUACAAGGCUACGAACUUGCUCUUUACCCGACUUGAGGAUGUUGUUUAAGACCGCUACCUCCGGACGUACACAGACUUCAGAUGAGGAGCAGGGGGAGACAGAUGAGGAUGAACACGGAGACGAAGAGGAAAAUGCUGAUGAGCAAGGAGAUCUAGAAGGGGACGAAGAACUUGACGGAGGGAAUGAAGAGCAUGAUGAUUGUGACGACGAGGAUGAUGACGAUAACGAUGAUAACGAGGAUGAUGACGAAGACGAAGACGAAGAACUUAAUGUUGGCAGCGACGAAGAUGAAAAUGAGGAAUUCGAGGAUAUGUUGAAUUCCAUGAGAGACGUACUUGUAAGCACUGGACGAUCUCCUUCACCCAUCAAGAGCAUGCGUGGAACUGAUAACAGUUUGGACUGGGAUCACUGCGCGGACACGCAGUCUCCAAAAGACGAUGAAAGCGACGGAGUGGAACUAGAACGAUCGUCAUCUGAGUUAUCCAAUCUGAAUGAGGACUGGGACUCAGGUGACGACGACGAUGACGAAGACUCAGCCAUGCAGGAGGCGCGAGAUAAGAAGCGUCAGGAGGAAGAAGAGAGUUUGUUUCAAAGACUGGAAGAGUCACGUCUGAUGCUUGAACAGGAACUAGGAAUUGACAGAUUUCUACGCGUCUACAAGUUUCUCCAGUCUGUCCAAGAAAACGAAGACGAUAGCGCGGAGAUCGGCACUGCAGGCGAGAUCAGUGAACUGCUAGGAGACAAAGAGCAUCUGUAUCCCAAAAUACUUUACCUUGUCAUAGCAGACUCGGCCUACACUGAGGAUAACCAAUGAGGCACGCCUGCUGCCCUUAUCAGUAAAUUAUAUUUAGCUCCGAAUGAAAAGAACAUUAACAAUGUUUGAGCCUAAGUUUCACCUCUAGGAGAGAAUUCAGGUUGCAUAGAGUGUUUAGUAAGCGAUAAAAUGGCUUUGAUUGGCGGUACAUCUUCUAUAUUUGUUCAUAGGAGAGUUACGACCUUGGUCUUAUACUGAGUGCUACUAACAAAAGCAAGAAAGCGAUCAAAAUAUGUCAAUUUGAAAAAGUGCUGAUCGCUGGGUGUGAGUAGAGUAGUGAGAUACGGAAGGUAGGCACCUUAACACAGAAUCUAGACCACAUUUACUUUGCCAUGACUAUUGCUAAAACCAUCAGUUGAAAUGAAAAACAACUAAAUAAUCACAGAAAAUUGUCUCUUUAACUUAAUAUCUUAUAUCAUUGCAGAUACUAAAAAAUUAUUUUCAAAAUGUAAAUUUUUCACAUCUAAAGAUUUUGAUUAUUAUUUUUUUGGUCACUAAGCUACCUUCACAAAUCGUAAGUUACGCAGGCGUAAUUUGUUGUUGAUUGAAUUUCCCUUGGAUUGAAUGCCAGUAGUUGAUAAGGUGUAUAAUUCCAUAUUUUAACGUGCAAGUUUUGUUACCCUGGCAAAUAACUUCAUUUUUGUCUUAUUUAGUGUUAGUUCUCAAAUUAAGUGCGAGAUUUCCCUCGGGUGUAGGCGCACAAGGGUUUUAUUCUCGCAAAUGCCAAGUGUGUUCUGGCUAUAGUUUAUCAGUUAAGUCGUUCUCUACUUUCAAACUGGAAUAGUAGUAAAUGAAAAUGAAAGCUUUUUCUGAAAAAGAGAAAUGGGCGAGCAAGGGAAAAAAGUGGCUUACUUCCCCAUGUCUCCUGACAGAGAGCUCCACAGAGGCUAAUAUAAUUAAAAGUGUGAUAAUAAAUGUUGGCAAUGUACUUCAA